AGUCUCGUAAAUGCACAUUAUCACUGGAUCAGCUGCAAAAACCAGAGAUAAAGUAUCGUAGAGCCCCAAAACUGAACCAGCCUGAAGUCCCCUUAUUCUCUGUUCUUCACGAUAAGAUUCCAUAUUCCGUUACUAAAUUCCGAUCAAAUUGCCGGAAUAUUCGCACCCACCUCGCCGGAAUACGACCCGGUUAAUGGGUUCUCUCCAAAACCAGUGAGAGAACCACAAUGGGGGAAGAAGAGCAGAGCAGUAGUCAAGGCAAAGAAACAGACCAACCCUCCGCCGCCGGAGAAUCAAGUCUCCGGCAAGCCAUUCAGUCCAUCUCCUCCCUCAUAUCCCUCACCUACUCCAUCAAAAUCUUCGCCGGAAAAUGGAAAGCGAUUACAGCCAAGCUCGAAGAGCUCAACUCCGGCCUCGCCGCCGUCGAAAACUCCGACGGAGAUGAAAACCCAGUUCUCGCCGGCGUUCUGUCGAAGACGUUAGCUACCAUUAACGAGUGCCACGAUCUUGCUCGGCGCUGCGUCGAUCUUUCCUACUCCGGCAAGCUUCUGAUGCAGAGCGACCUGGACAAGCUCGCCGCGAAGCUCGAUCUCCACGCCGGAAGCCUCUCGGAAAUCUACAACGCAGGCGUGCUGACUCACCGCUUCGCCAUCGUGGUCUCGAGACCCGGGAACGGGGCUUGCAGAGACGACAUGAGGUUUUACGUGAGGGACUUGAUGACGAGAAUGAAGGUUGGUGACGCAGAGAUGAAGCGCCAAGCUUUGGAGAAUUUGUAUGAGUCGAUUGUGGAAGACGACAAGUAUGUAAAGGUGGUCGUGGAGCAGAGUGAGGUUGUGGGUUUGUUGAUUGGUUUUCUUGAUUCGAAUGAGGUGGGAAUCCAAGAUGGGUCGGCGAAGAUCGUGGCUUUGGUUGCUGGGUUUGGAUUGUGUAAGGGAGUUUUGAUCGGAGCCGGAGUUAUUGCGCCGUUGAUAAGGGUUUUGGAGAGUGGAAGUGAAAGUGGGAAAGAAGGAGCUGCGAGAAGUUUGCAGAGGUUAACUGAGAAUGGGGAUAAUGGGUGGUCUAUUUCAGCUCAUGGAGGAGUCACAGCUCUGCUUAAGUUAUGUGAAUGUGGGGAGAGCUCAGGCGGGUUGGUUGGUUCAGCUUGUGGGGUGCUUAAGAAUCUUGUGGGGGUGGAAGAGAUAAAGAGGUUCAUGGUUGAAGAAGGAGCUGUAGGGACUUUUAUUGGGCUUGUGAGGUCUAAAGAGGAAGGGUUGCAGAUAAAUGCAAUUGCGUUUCUGCAGAAUAUAGCUUCUGGGGAUGAAGGGAUUCGGAAUUUGGUGAUUAAGGAGGGUGGGAUUGGAGCAUUGCUUCGCGUUUCGGAGCCAAGAUCGGAUUGUUCGUGCAAAGUGAGGGAGAUUGCGUUGAGGGCAAUUGAGAAUUUGUGUUUUUGUUGCAGUAGGAGUGUUAGUGUUUUGAUCAAGUAUGGGUUUGUGGAUCAGCUUAUGUAUUUUUUGAGAAAUGGGGAGGUUUCGAGUCAGGAAUUGGCGUUGAAAGUGGCGAUUAGGCUUUGUGAAGCAUCAGAGGAAGCCAAGAAGGCAAUGGGGGAUGCAAAUUUCAUGACAGAGCUGGUUAAGUUUCUUGAUUCCAAGUCAUUUGAGGUUAGGGAAAUGGCGGCCGAGGCACUCUCCAGCAUGGUUUUGAACCCCAAAAAUCGAAAACGUUUCGUGCAGGAUGAUCGGAACAUACGCCUUCUCCUGCAGCGGUUUGAUCCAGACCAGCUAGGAAAUGCAGGUAACAAGAAGUUCUUGUUCUCCAUUUUAAUGUCAUUGACAAGUUGCAACAGUGGGAGAAGGAAAAUUGCCCAUUCUGGGUACUUGAAAAACAUUGAGAAACUUGCAGAAGCAGAAGUUUCUGAUGCCAAGAGACUUGUCAAGAAGUUAUCCACAAACAGAUUUCGAAGUAUGUUAAGUGGAAUCUGGCAUUCUUGAAUCCAUCAAUAAUGUGCUUGCAUUUUUGUUUAUAGAAAUUGUAUAUCUCCAUAAGGGUUUUCCAAGUUCUAACUUCGUCUGUGAAUCUCAAACUGGAAUCAAAAUCUACUUCCAUUUUUUAUUACAAUUCUGUGUCUUUCAA